UGAAGAAGCUUUACUCUGUUUGUCACUUUGUCACUCCUACACGCCUCUUCCUCUCUUCCUCUCCUCUCAUAGAUGCUUUCUCUCUCCUGAUGGUAAGACAGAGUGUUUUAAGUUCCACCUUCUCCUGUACAAAGUUCUGCCUGGACCACUGCAAGCAAAAUCUCUGAGCUGACGUACAGAUGCAAAGAAAGAGGGUGUGGUGUGGGGUGGAGUGAGCCCCUGAGGCCCCCCAUGGCUGUGAGGGAGGCAGGGUGGGGUGGAGCCCUGCUGCUCUCGCUGCUCUGUGGGGUCAUCCUAAUGUCCCCGGGGUCAGCAGGCCCCCUGCAGCCAGCACGCAGCCCUAUCCCGCCGGGACAGCCCUUCCUUGUGCUGUGGGGUAUUCCUGACAUGGCCUGCCUCAGACGCCCGGACCCCGCCGCUUUCGGGAUGGAGAGGGAGGGCCGCGUGUCCGUCUUCUACGAGGACAACCUGGGCCUCUAUCCCUUCUACAACUCCCAGAAUCAGCCGGUGUCUGGCGGCCUGCCCCAGCACACCAGCCUGGACGUGCACCUGCAGAGGACACAGGCCGACGUGCUGGCCGCGCUGCCCUCCGCUGAAGCCCAGGGCCUAGGCCUGAUCUGCUGGGAGGAGUGGGCGUCGCAGUGGGGGCGUAACCGCGGCAAACAGGAGAUCUACCAGCAGGAGUCGCGCGCCCUGCUGCGCGGUUUCUUCCCUGACUGGAGCCCUGAUGAGGUGGACAAGUGGGCGCAGGUCGACUUUGAGGCAGCGGCACAAUCUAUUCUGAUGGAGACUCUGCAAGAGGCGAGGAGGCUCCGCCCCCAGGUCCUGUGGGGCGUGGCCCCAUACCCGAGCUGUUACAACUCCGGCCCCGGCCAGCGGUUAGAAAACUACACGGGCCGCUGUCCUGCUACGGAGAUGGCCCUGAAUGACCAGCUGCAGUGGCUCUGGAAGCGUUCCUCUGCCCUCUUCCCCACCCUCCUGCUGGACAAACUCCUGGGGCGCUCUCGAGCGGCACGACUGUACGCCUCCAAUCAGAUCCGUGAGGCCCUGCGGGUGGCAGCCUUGGCUGGUACCGCUUACGACCUUCCUGUUUUUCCAUUGGUCAGAAGCGUCUACACAUCCACCAAUACGUUUCUGUCUGAGGCCGACUUGGUCAACACCAUGGGGGAGAGCGCAGCAAUGGGGGCGGCUGGAGUCAUCAUCUGGGACAAAUUCUUCUCAGCUAAGACCCAGAAAGCAUGCUGGGAGUUGGCGGAAUUUGUGCGCGAGGUCCUGGGCCCGUACGCGGUAAACGUGACGUCGGCGGCACGGCUGUGUGGCGAGGCUCUGUGCCAGGGGCGUGGGCGCUGCCUGCGGAAGAACCCGGAGGACCGCUCCUACCUGCACCUGCCCCCCGCCAGCUUCCUGCUGCUGUCCGACGGGCCGGACGGCCUGCAGGCGGUGGGGGACCUGGCCUCUGAGGACCUGGAGGCAUGGCGCCGCGACUUCCAGUGCCAGUGGUACGAGGCCCUGGAGGGCACUGCCGCCGAUGAGGAGUCCCCGCUGGCUCUGGCCAAUGGGCAGGGCAGGAAGCCUCCAACGCUGACUGAACAGGCCACUGUGGCGGGGCCCACUGUGGUGGGGCCUACAGAGGUGGGACCUACAGCGGUGGGGCCUACAGAGGUGAGGCCUACUGAGGUGGGGCCCACAGAGGUGGGGCCCACAACAGAACCAUCAUCAGGACCCACGGCAGCACCGUCAAUUUCUCCCCCAAACCAGGGCACCCCGCUCCUAACUCCUCCCCUUUUCACUCUGCUGCUGUCUGCCCUCCCCUUCCUCGCCUAUACCUGAUGGACCUCAGCAGUGGAGAGGACGUAUCCAACAGCACAGAAAGCAGGCAUCUCUCCUGCCAAAUCAAUCAGUUUUCAAAGGGUUGCAGGCGCUUCGGUGGGCCUUGGCACUUGUACACAGAACUGCACAUAUGCAAAGAUGAACAACUGACAGGAACACGAACAGGGUGGCCUGAUGACUGACAGACAAAAUGCACACAUUUUAGGAGACUGAAAUUCUGUUUAUUUACUUGGAAAACAUUGUCAACUGUGUUUGGAGUGCUUUCAGUUCUACUCACAUACUACUCCACCCUUUCACUACUUUUCCCUCUGCUCUGAUAUUUUAUGUGCACACUGUAUAGUGCGCACUCACAAUGACAGUAUUGAUUGCAUCUGUUACUCAGGUCUAAGCAGUUUUGAGUUUUUCUCAUUUUUAUUUACAGCCAAGGUUUUUUCUGAUCACUGUGGGACAUGUACGUGGGGAAUACUAAACCUUAGCAAGCACUCCAGAUGUGCAUCUCCAGAGUAAUGCCUGAUAAACGACAGAUUUCAGGGGAACACGCAGGUUUUAUCUGCUGUUCGCUGUGGGUUUGAAAUAAGUGAUAAACGUCUGAAUUUUCAGCUUUGUCUGUUAUGACUGAUAACAUGCAAGAACGGUAAAUGUCAUCUACAGAUCUUGAUGUCUAGUUUUAUUUAAAAUAGCUUUGCAGCGCUCUAACGGGGCUCGGAGAUGACCCCCCCAGCAGGCCCACGCAGUUCUGCACGUAUCCCAGGUGCAGUCAACAUCUCGUUCUCCAACAUCCACGCUGAUCCAGCACGUCUCUGAGCACGUCUUACACACAAGGCAUGUGAAGAUGUUCAGAGAGGUCAUAAGAAAGAGUGCAAUACACACAUCAAAAUUUCAGCACUGAUGCCAGACACCAGGUGAAUCACAGGCAGUAAAAUAAUAUUCAGUUUGAUGCUCCCAAAAUUGUGCCAAUUUCACUUCGAAACAUUAAACCAUGUAGGAUAUUUUUGUUUUAUAUUACGCAGUCACCCAGUGAGUGAAUGUCUUUCCCCACUUGAUGCCAAUAUUCCUACGGUUAGCCACUUCUUGUUUAUUUCCAGCAGUCUAGUCAUUGUGGUUUGUAACUGCUGAAGGUAUGUUUUUUAUGGUCAGAGUCAUCAGUUUAUAACCAGCAAAGGAAGCAAAUCACAACUUAACCAUGACCCUACAAGGAAUGCAAUAGUAUAAGGAGUGUGACCAGUCAUCAUGGGACAAAAGCGGGUCAUGUGGAUUUCUGCAGAUCAAACGCUGAGUAUCAAAAUUUCAAGGACAGGAAGCCCUCAGCUGCAAAUGCCAAAUUUUAAAAGCCUUUCAGCAUACUUUUCCAGUAGCAAGAUGUCAAUCACUUGUGACUGCAUCUGUCUGGAAUUUGCUUCACUGUACAUUAUGUUUUAAAAAACAUAAAACUGAUUGGAAUGCUG